AUGGCAAACAGUCCCACUCAUCAUACAAAAAGGUUAUCCGAUCUGAUAAAUGAGUUUCAGCUAAAGCAACACAUUACAAGUCCGACUAGAAUAACGACAACAUCUAAAACAUUAAUUGACAUAAUAAUGACUAAAGCAAGCGAUACCAAAAUUAUAGACUCUGGAGUGAUACAUUUAGGACUGAGUGAUCACAGUUUAGUGUACAUUUGCCGCAAAGUAGGAAUACCAAGGGCUGAACCAAAAAUUGUAGAAACAAGGCAGUUUAAAUACUUUAAUUCAUCUGCAUUUCAAUACGACUUAAAAAUGGCAUUUCAAAAUCACUACAACCUCUAUAAUUAUGCCGACCCAAAUCAUGCGUGGGAG